GGAAGGAAUGUGCUAGCAGCGGACUGCGAAAUGAAGGGUCUGUUUUUCCUCCUCCUUUUCGUGCAGCUCCUUGCUGCUUCGAUUGCUGUGUACAAACAAUGGAUUCCAAACACCAAUUUUGAAAAUCCUUCCAACUGGGAUAAAGACAGAAUCCCAUGUGCUAACGAUGUGGUCCUUUUCAAGAGUAAUCAGGUGAUCUCGAUCUUUGUCCAGUCAACUCACUCUCUGGCAGACAUGUACCUUCCAUUGAAUGGAGAGUUCAUUAUGGCGCCUGGUGCAGGAUUUGCAGCUUUUGAUGGCAGCUGGGAUCCAGGCUGUGACACAGCUUCAGCUGUCUCAUUCACUGAUGCUGAGAAGUAUAAGUGGCAUGACCCUGCACUAUGGCAUGCUGCAACCUCCUUGGAGGACCUAGACCAGGGCAAAUACAUCUUUGCAGUGGAUGAAGAACGUGUCCCAUGUCAGUACGAUGAUGUUAUCUUUCAGCCUGAAACCUCCUUUCGAGUAAACAUCAACUCAUCUGAGCAAAUGAUUCAUCUCCGAAGCAUCUCUAUAAUGGGACAGAAGUUCACCAGUGACUCGGCCUUAGCUGAGUAUAUGCCGACCAGCUCGGCCAAGCUGCAGUUCCACGGCAACAGGACCUUCCAGGUGACGAAUGCCAGGUGUCCGGACAAAUCGGGCUGUGAGUGUGGAAAUGCUGGGGAACAUCAAAAGAUCUGCGCUGCCUUGCUCAGGGAUUCUGGGACUCGGUGCAAAGCGCUUGCGUGCAAGGACCCCUUCCAGCCAGUCGGACACUGCUGUGAAAUAUGCGGAGCCACUAUUUCACUGGAAUACACUCCUGGUUUCGACAUUAGGCAGUAUCAGAACAGAAUUCUUCACGCCUUCCUGAGCCUGCCAAAAUAUGCAGGUGUUCAGAUGGCUAUAUCCAAGGUGCGUAAACCUCAGACUUCAUGGAAUGCAGUUCCAGUCAUCCAGAUUGUGCUAAUGGAUGAUAAGACGGAGUCACUGACAGGGACUAAUGCUAAACAGUUGGCUGAGGACAUCAUGCGUGACGUAACAGAGCACGCUGACUCCUUUGGCAUUGUGAUGGGUACAGUGCAAGUAGCCACUGGCAGUAAUUCUAAUGGACAAGGAAGCAUCUUUGCUGGGACAAUUAUUAGUCUACUACUUGGGGUGCUGUUGCUCGGCAUAAUGCUGUUUCUCCAUAGGAAGGGGAUGAUAAGAUUACCAUCCGUACACUUGGCAGGCAAGUGGAAUAGAAAGAAGGACCAGGAUGUUGUGGCAGAACCAAGUGACAAAGGGUUUGACAAUCCUAUAUUUGACACGCCGACCAACAGAGCUGAGUCACAUGGUGCAUGUUCCGGAGAGGAGGCCCUGAAGACGAUGGCUAGUAAAGACAGUGGGAUUUAUUUUGUUAACCCUUUAUAUGAUGAAACUGAACUCAUUGCUUCAUAGCGGAGUCCUGAGCGGUCCUAGCCAAAUGUGAGGUUGGAAUAUAAUUUCAUUCAGGCUAAUAUUUUACCCAUUGUACAGUAAUAGUUAUCCCAGGAUAACCCUCUAUGGGGACAUUUUUAUUUUGCAGUAAGAGUGGCUUUUAUUUGGUUAUUCUAAAUCUCUUCCCAAGUGUUAUAAGUUAAAGCAGUUAAAGCUACCCUUAUACCAGAAUAAGUGUGUUGACAUGCAGGGAUUAUACACCGGUAUACUAUAUCUCUUUAAAUUCGCAUCUUA